UUAGGUGUUAUACAUUACCUGUAGUAAGUAAUAGUUAUUUUUAUUACAUCAAUUUUUGGCUGAAUUUUAAGUGAACCUGUUAUAUACCCUGUCUUCAAAUAAAUCUCAUCUAUUUAAUUCAGAAUUUCCUUUUAAUCUUUUAUACAUCAUUUUGAUAAUGUUUUACUUUAAAAUUAAAAUCAGCCUGUUUUUUUUUAAGAGUGGACUUUUCAAUCAUAUAAAUUCCGAAUUGGCAAUCAAACUGAUUUUUCAUGAAAAUGCCGCUCAGCUGUAGGUUUUAUAAAGAGAAGUACCCAGAGGUUGAAGAUGUGGUUAUGGUAAAUGUUCGUAGCAUUGCUGAAAUGGGUGCCUAUGUUCAUUUAUUGGAGUAUAAUAAUAUUGAAGGAAUGAUAUUGUUGUCUGAAUUAUCCAGGCGACGUAUACGAUCAAUUAACAAACUCAUUAGGGUUGGCAAAACCGAACCUGUAGUUGUCAUUAGGGUCGAUAAAGAAAAAGGUUACAUCGACUUGAGUAAACGACGUGUUUCACCAGAAGAUGUUGAAAAGUGUACUGAAAGGUUUGCUAAAGCAAAAGCAGUUAACUCAAUCUUGAGACAUGUUGCAGAACUUCUGCAUUAUGAAACUGACGAACAACUGGAAGAUUUAUAUCAAAGAACAGCUUGGUUUUUUGAAGAAAGGAAUAAAAAGAAGGCAUCUGCCUAUGAUUUCUUUAAACAAGCAGUUAUUGAUAACUCUAUUCUUGCGGAAUGUGGGUUAGAUGAAAAAACCCAGGAAGUUUUAUUAACAAACAUUAAAAGAAAAUUAACUUCCCAGGCUGUGAAAAUACGCUCUGAUAUUGAAGUAGCGUGUUAUGGCUAUGAAGGUAUUGAUGCUGUGAAAACUGCACUUAAAGCUGGAUUGGCUUUAUCUACCGAGGAAUUACCUAUUAAAAUUAAUCUCAUUGCACCUCCUUUAUAUGUGAUGACUACAGCAACUCCUGAAAAAUCCGAAGGAUUGAAGGCGCUUCAAAAUGCUAUUGAUGUUAUUGAGAAAGAAAUCACUACUUUAGGAGGAGUUUUUCAAGUUCAAAUGGCGCCAAAAGUGGUUACUGCUACCGAUGAAGCAGAAUUGGCCAGGCAAAUGGAAAGAGCUGAAGCAGAAAAUGCUGAAGUUGCUGGUGAUGAUGACGAAGAGGAACAGGAAGAGCAAGAUGAUGCAGCUGACGUUGAUGGUGCAAGUCCUGAUGAAGAUGGGGAAGAUUAA